AUGUCAGCCGGUGCUUCCGAAGACAUAAUUCGAGGGCUCGAGCGAGUGUUGGCGACCCGUAUUACGUCGGAUGCAGUGCUAGACAAAUUGUAUGGGGAUAAUCGCAUUCCAAGAUCCUUCAGGGACAAAUCACAAACCAUCAUGGACCAACAGCAGAAUGUUCUCGAAGCGAAAUGUCCAUUGGAACUAAGACCCGUUUCAAAUAAGCAGAGACCCCGGAACGGACAACGGAAGGUAUAA